AUGACAGUUAAACGAUUACAUAUUAGAGCUUCAAAUAACUACAAUCUCGAGGAUUCCAUAGUUAUUCCUAUAAACACCAAUAAUCCCAUUGAAAUCAAUUCCCCUAUUGGAACUUUCAAAAUCAUCAUUAAUAUUAAACAAUUCGAUGGUUCAAAUCCUCAUCAAUCAAAUAGUUUAACCAAUAUCAAUGAUUCAACUUAUUUAAAUCAUGAACCAAUUGAUUCAUCCCAGGUUAAUUCGAUUAAUAUUAAAGAUACCCAACCUAAUUUAAGAAUUGAUAUUGUAUUUAAACCAUCCAUACCUAUUUCUGGAUCAGAAUUAAUCUUUGGUAAUGAUUUUACGGUUCCGAUUAGAAAUUAUGUCCCUACAACAAUCUUAGCUACCGGAUUGAAAUUCUUUACUUGGUUCAUUAAUAAAACCGUCAAGGGGGAUAUCUAUAGUGAUAAACCAUAUCUUUAUGGACUUGUAUUGAAUAGUUUUACUAAUAUGUCAAUUAUAGAUGAUAAUGAUGAAAUGAAAAUCUUUUCUGAUGAAGAUAAUUCAAAUUCAAGUGAAAGUAUUAGUGAUAGUUCCAAACCAGGGAUACUUCGAAAUCCAUUAUCAAGAAAGAAAACCAAGAAAUCUCUGAUGUUAGAUAGAAUCAAUCAUCAUGAGAAUUUAAAUGAUAAUAUUGAUAAUACUUUAAAGAUUCCGAAUCAUUCAAUCGAUAGAAUUAAAUUCUUUACUAAUAUUGAACCAUGUCAAGAAUUUAUCUUCACUCCAAAUGAUACUAAAUCAUAUUUUUUCCAAUUUGAUACUGAUUUUGUUAAAUUGGCUAAUUCAAGUUAUGCCGUAAGUAUCCCUACAUAUUGGAAUAAAACAUUUGAUAUUAAUGUAUCGAGUUUUGCUAAUGAUAAUUUAAAUAAUUUCAAUUGGGUUAUUAAACAAGGUGGAUAUGAUGGAGUUGAUGAUGGGAUUGUGGGGUUAAUUAUAAAUUUUGCAUUAUUAGAUGAGGAGGAAGAAGAAGAAUGA